CCUUCUUCAAUGGUGUCAUAUAUCUCUUUAACUAUGAACACCUAUUGUAAUACUUUCCACUUUAUUUUAAAUUCAAUUAUUUAUACGUUUUUAUAAUAGCGUUCCUAAACACAACUUGGUAAAUUUGCAUCCCUGCAACGCACGGGUGAAAAUCUAGUAUCGGUGUGCAUCGGGGAUUUUCAUCAAUUAUGUGCUGUACAGGACCCAGUUGCCCUCCGCUCCACGGCUGGAAUUACUGAGCAGCCGGAUAAAUGGAGCCCUUUGGAACAGUGUUCAUGGUAACGGGAUUAAGCUGCCUGGCGAUGAGGAUUAAAAUGCCCCAGCCGUCCGUUCGGUCAUUCUGUCCCAGCGCCACCAAUUAUAGCUCGCCCUCAAGCCUUGUGAACUCUUGCAUAGUUGAUAUUGGCACUCGCGGCUAAGGAUCUGUUGUACGGCGUUGACAGCCUUUGAGAGUUUCCGCCAUUAAUGGUCGUUCGUGAGCUUUGCUCAUGAUACCAGCGGCGGCGGCGGGUCCAUAGCUCCUCUCCUUUCCGCCGGCGUCACCGACCAAGGACACUCCGGAGACGAGCUAUGCUAAAGGUAUCCCAAAGUUGUACCCCAUUUUUACCACAUCUCUAUUGUGUGGUCAUAAAUGAGACAACUCAUUUAAGUGGUGUCCCACUUAAAUGAGUUGCCCCAUUUAUGGCCACACAAUUAGGAGUGAGGUAAAAAUGAGAUACAAUUUUGGGGUACCUUUAGUAUUAUUCAUUACAAAUACGGAUAGGAAGCUAAGUGCUCUUUAAUUCUCAUUGUCAUACUCAUAUAUUACAAUUCCAAAAAUGAAUUUGAUAAAAAGACAUUGUAAAAUCAUAAUAAAAAAUAUAAUUGAUAUAAUAUCACUUUGACCUUGGGGCUUGUCAUUCCGGAUAUCAAAUUCAAACUAAGCCUGAGCGAUGAGUUGAACUAUAUCAUUAUUAUUUUUUAUUGUGUAGUGUGCAUGAAGUUCUAUACGCCAGCCGGGAUUGGCACAGUAAGGGAAGACCAGAAGAUGGCGAGAAGUUGUUACGUAAGGGCCUGCAAGGCUCACGGGAGGAACGGUAUAAGGGUUAGUGCUAUUAAACAUGAUUUGUCGAGAUAUGAGGGAGGGCAGUUCAGAGCUCAGCCCGUCUCAGAGCUUGAGGAGGUCAAAGUCGGUCCCUCCCGACCCGAACGACGAGUCAGGAUUGGUACACGGCUUCCGACCGACCUGAGAGCAAGGAUAGUUUAGGUCCUGACACAGCCCAAGGUCACUCCCGAUGAGCCCGAGCUCAAUGUUGUCGAGCCUGAGCUCAAUGCCGCCCAGACCGAGGUCAUUCUUGCUAAGCCCGAGGUCAUUCCUGUCGAGCCCGAGGUCAUUCCUGCUGAGGCCGAGCCCAUGUCAAACGAGGUCGAGCUCAUACCCAACAAACAUGGGCCAUGACACACUUGGCACUUGAGAAGAACAAUCUCGGUUAUCCUCCUCAUGGAUGGCGACCGUUGCUUAUUCAAAGACCGGUGCAGGUCAUCCUCUUCUGAUCGUCUCUUAGCUCGGCAUGAUGCGCACUUUCCCUCGGCAAUGACAGGUGAUAUUUGCUUGGGGACCACAGGAUAUGCCCGGGCUGAGCCUGGACGUAGCAAUUCGCAGGCUGAACGUAGAUCCAAAGGCGGCUCCCGUCAAGCAGAAGAGAAGAUACAUGUCCUUGGACCGGAAAGAAUUCGUCAAAGCGGAAGUGAAUAUGUUGCUGGGCAUCAGGCAUAUCAGAGAAGUGCAGUAUUCGGAGUGGCUGGCCAACGUAGUCUUGGCCCCAAAGCCGCCCACCUCGAGGAUGUGCGUGGACUAUACAGAUCUCAAUAAGGGUUGCACAAUGAAUCCUUUCCCAUUGCCCAGCAUAGAACAACUGGUGGAUUAGACCGUUGGGUGCGAGCUCCUUUCUUUCAUGAAUGCAUUCAGGGGGUACCAUCAGAUCUCCAUGCACCCCGAUGAUGCUGAGAAGACCUCAUUCAUCACACCAGAGGGAGUUUUUUGCUACCCAGUUGGUGUGUAGCAUAUAAUGGGCACACAACUAUUUUUUUUACCCAAGGAAGUAGGGUGUCGAACCACAGAGAAGCGGGAAAUAAAAUAAUUAAGCACAAACUAAGGAUUAAAGUUGGGAAUGCAUUUCUUUUGAUUUUUGUUUGCUUGGAAAAGUAAUUAAAUAAAAGUGAUUGAGAGAAGAGAUUUUUAUCAACACAAAGUUCAACCGAUAGGAAAUAGGUGUAGAAAUUGGUAACUAAUUGUUCUCUCACACUUUCAAC